CUUAGCCCCCGCCCCGAGCUGCUAGUCCCCAGCCGCUCAGUCCUGCGGUGAGAAUGUUGGAAGUCCAUAGCUAAGCAUCAGGAGCUAAGCACUGACUGCUGUGCCUGCCUACAAGUAUCCAGACAUGGCUCAGGAGAAAAUGGAGCUGGACUUUGAGCCUGACAUAUCUGAUGUGGGCGGCCUGAGGAGAUCCAGCAGCGCUCCCUUGAUCCAUGGGCUUAGUGACUUUUCACAGGUUUUUCAGCCUUACACAUUUAGAGCUCGGAGGAAUAGUACGACAAUUAUGAGCCGUCACAGUCUGGUGAGUAUAGAAUUGCUGUCAUCUUCACCUAAUCAGAUAUCUAGUAGCAGACUACAUCAAAUCAAAAGGGAAGAAGGCAUGGAUAUAAUGAACAGAGAAACUGCCCAUGAAAGGGAAGUGCAAACAGCAAUGCAGAUAAGUCAAUCAUGGGACGAGAGCUUGAGCCUGAGUGAUAAUGAUUUUGACAAGGCAGAAAAAUUAUAUUCUCCUAAAAGAAUUGACUUCACUCCAGUUUCUCCAGCACCAUCACCCACCAGGGGAUUUGGAAAGCAAUGUUUUUCACCAUCCUUACAAAUGUUUUUGAGCAGCAGUGGGCUACCACCAAGUCCCAUUCCUAGUCCAAGACACUUUUCCAGCAGGAGGAGUCAGAGUCCAGUCAAGUGUAUUAGGCCCAGUGCUCUUGGUCCUCUUAAAAGAAAAGGUGAAAUGGAGACUGAAAGCCAGCCCAAGAGGCUCUUCCAAGGCACUACCAAUAUGCUGUCUCCGGAGACUGCACAAUUGUCUGACCUUAGUUCAUGGUGGUGUUAUCAAGGAGAAGAAAUUCCUGCUUUGACCAGAUGUGUGGAGCAUCUACAAAUGAAUGAAUAAUGUUAUUUACACACAAACCGCUGUCUAGAAAAGCAUAUGUGAAGCUUAACAGCUUGUUUUGCAUGAUAUUAUGAGGCCUGAGGUGCCUUGAGGUACAGUGCUAUGCUAUAAACCAUGUAUAUCAUAAGGUAGGGUAGGAAAGGGGUCUUUAUGUGACUGAUUGCCACAUACUGUCUCAAUUGCUGAUUUUUUUUCUGAUUACUUUUUUGUCAUUGGAUUUGUUUGUUUUGUCAUGUGGUGAGUGGUGCUGCUGACUGUGUUUUGGUCAUUGUGUUGCCACCAAAAUUAGAGUUCAGUUCUUGUUCAGGCUGUCUUAUAGCAAGGGCAGUUUAAUAUCUAUGAGGAAGCUUUCAAGGAGCCAGGGAAGAAAAAAAUGUUAUUGUGAGUUCAGCUUUUAAGAAACUAUUUGAGCUGUGAAUGUUGUACAUGGUAAUAAGUCUGAGGUACCAGAAGUUAAUUUUUAAUAGGAAAAUCCUGAACGAAGCUAUUUAAAAAACCUGACUGUAGUAUUUUGUUGUGUUAUUUAUUAUUUAAAGCUGUGUAAAAAUGUCUGUCAUAAUAGAUUUCAUUUAAUGUUCAGAUAUUGUGGGUGGAUUGUUUGUAUUUAAUAUGCAAAUUUGCCUGCUAGGAUCAUAUUAUUCCAUUUUUUUAAUGUAUGUAAGAAACCAAGACUACUGCACUUGUGUCUUUUGAAGACAAUGAUCCUUGAAUCUUAAAGGAAGAUGUUGCACUUUGUAGGUACUCACAGACUAGUAAUACUGUAUGGCUUGAAGGGAAACCUAUUCUCUUUGAAUUGUAAGAGAGCAUCAUCACUUAGCUAGCAGUAAGUAGUUCUGUAACAACAUCAGGUGUAUUGUUUAUUUUAUAUUGUAAUGACCACUAUAAUGUAAUUCCCAUUAAUGUCUUAAUUUUUUAUAUUGCUUUCACCUGCACAAAGGGCACAACCCCUUCAAACCUAACAUAAAUGGGUAUAUUAUGAAGAUUGUUCCCUAGUAUGCCCAUUUACUAUACUUGAUCUUAGCUAAAAGGCCAAGAAGUGAACCUAAUAUGCCAUUUUAAAGAAACAUCACUUCGAUGGUAUUCAGUGUAUUUAUUCUGUUUGUGAAAGAACCAUGUUAAGAUGUUUCUGCCUAUAUCAUAUUGAGAGAAUUAUAUCUUACAGGAUACUUACCCACCUUCAUUCUACUGUCUUUUUGCCUUAAAGGGACACUUUUGGCCAUUUUUUUGGAUGCAAUUUAGAACUCUUAAGAAAUGAUCUUUGGAAUGUGAUAUUUAUUUUUGAAAUUCAGUGGUGGGGUAGAAUUAGGGCAGGAAAAUGAAAUUGUUCCAGUGAUAUGAGAACUAGAAAGCAAGAUGGCUCACUUUACUCUUUAAACCAAGGUUUGUUUUUAUUGUUUAAAUGGACUAGGAAGUUAAGUUUGUGCAGGGAUUGUUUUGAGGUAAAUGAAAGAUAUGCUAAUCUUCAGAUGAGCUUGGUUGACAGUACCCCUUUAUUUUUAUAUAAAGUUUAAUAUUUAAAAGUGAUCAUUGUUAUAAAUUAAAAUUCUCUUUCUAUUCUCUAUUAUAUCAUAUUUCAGACUUAUAUUUGAAAAUAAGUAUGAGAUGAUAUGAUGAGAAAAUCCUAUAGAUGCUUUUUGCUUGACUGAUUUAUAUAAUCACUAUUUCAUGAUAACUGCUUUUGGAAUAAUAGGAAAUUUUGUGAAAUGCUGACU